AGUGAGUAAUUUACCUAUUUACUUUUACAGCUGUCGUGGUUUUUCUUCGAGAUAAUUGUCAAAAGCAUGGCACAGACACUCGUACAAUCAGACAAGUUGAAGAGAAUGAACCGUGAGAGCUGGUUCCCAGAAAGCUAUAAUCGCUGUUUAGAGAAUUUCCUACAAGCGUUUGUACCACAGAUCAUCAGCAGACUGAAGGACCAGCCUCAGAUAGCUAAGGAGGCAAAUUUCCACUUGGCUUGCUUCACCAAGGACUGUUUCACGUACUUGGACCGCGGAUUUGUCUUUCAAAUGAUCAGUUAUUAUUCUGAACAGUUCAAGGACUCUGAUACACAGAUGCUGGAAUUCAAAUUCGAGUUUCUACAAGUGGUCUGUAAUCACGAACAUUACAUUCCACUUAAUUUACCAUUGGACGUGAGGAGUAUGUUAACAUUGACAAGUUUCAUUAUAGUUUACUACCUCCUCUUUGUUGUUAUUCUAUCAUACUUAAUCGUUAUUUGUCCGCCACAUAAAACGUAAUGUUUUAAUAAACGGUAACACAUUUAUAUCGCUCUUUAAAAGAUAUAUGUUAUAUGGGAAGGAGCUAACAAAAAACUUGUUUCG